GCGCGGGGUUAGUCCGGCUUUUACCUGGCCAAUUAUCGAACAAUUUCAUAAUCGGAUUCUCGACAAACGACAACGACCCGGGACGAAGACGAAUCGGGUGAAUUUCUUUCGAACGAAGUGUUUGCGGUGGAUUUUUUUAUUCGUGUGUGAAAAAAAAAUAGUAUUCUCGAAAGGGAUGCAGCUGAAGGUUUGACUUUUUACUUGGUGAAUUCAAUGAGAAGCGAUUAACGAAUCAAUUAUUUACCGCUCAGACGUAACAGUGAAGGUGAUUGAUUGGCAGGUUGACGUACCCGACGACUAGGGGAUAUGUAUAAGUUCGGUGAAUCCAAACUUUCGUGUGUUCCAACUCUGAUAUCAUUUCUUAUCGUAGGAUAUUAUAAAAUUAAUCCCCGGUUCCUUAAAUGUCCUAAAUUUUGGUUUUAAGUAAGUUUUCCGUAUACUUGAUCCCUACGAUAAUAUUAACAGUAAUUAUCGUCAAAGGUGUGAUAAAAUAUUCUUGUGAUGCUAAUUGGUUAACAAAAUCGUGAACAUAAAGCAAGAUAAAUCAAAUUUUUUUUCUAAAAACUUCACCGGCUUUAUCAGCAAACGAUCGCCAUGCCGCCCCAGGAGAAAUUCGAAAGCCAAGUGCCGGAAUGUGUUGCCGAAAAUAAGGAAACUUGCCCGAAUCUUGUGGGCAACGUUACCACUACUACUACUACUACUACUACUACUCAAGAAACCAUCCCCCAAUUGACGGUGACGGCGAGUGACACGAAGAAUGGCGAAGGGACGAACAAAGACAUGGAUUUUGACGACCUCCUACCAUACGUAGGAGAAUUCGGACUUUAUCAAAAGAUACUUUUCAUCCUCAUGAUUCCAUUUGCUUUCUUCGUAGCCUGGGUUUAUUUUUCUCAAAUUUUCAUCACACUGAUACCCGAAGAACAUUGGUGUCGUGUUCCAGAGUUGGCCAACUUAACGGUCGAUCAAAGAAUAGCACUGGCUAUACCGCUGGCAUCGGCGGUUGGGAGCGGCGAAGAAUCGUUCACUUCGUAUUCCAGGUGUGCCGUUUACGCGGUCAACUUUACGGAACUACUGGAACAAGGCGUACAAGUUGCCGAUCCGUCCUGGCCGAUCGAGAAGUGCCAACACGGAUGGGAAUUCAAUUUCACCGAAAUACCCUAUCCCAGUAUCGCGGUUGAGUUGGAAUGGGUGUGCGACAACGCGGCACUGCCGUCACUCGCCCAGAGUAUAUUCUUCGUUGGCGCGAUAUUCGGAGGAUUGAUAUUCGGGUGGAUCGCCGAUAGGUACGGUAGAAUUCCGGCCCUUGUAGGAACCAACAUGGCCGGUUUUGUUGCCGGUAUCGCUACGGUGUUCACUACAAGUUUUUGGCAGUUUUCGCUCUGCCGGUUUCUCGUUGGAUUGGCUUUUGACAACUGUUUCACCAUGAUGUAUAUUCUCGUUCUCGAAUACGUGGGCCCCAAGUGGCGAACGUUCGUCGCCAACAUGUCGAUCGCGUUGUUCUUUACCGCCGCUUCGUGUCUUCUGCCGUGGAUAGCAUACUUUUUGGCCGACUGGCGUCUCACUUGCAUCGUAACAUCUACGCCCCUCGUCUUAGCCUUGGCAACGCCAUGGCUGGUCCCGGAAAGUGCGAGAUGGCUCGUCAGUCAGGGUAAAGUAGAUAGGGCUAUCUCGAUACUGAGGAAGUUUGAACGUAUCAACGGCAAAACCGUCCCCGAGAAUGUCUACCAGGAUUUCAAAGAAACCUGUGCAAAACUCCAGAAGGAAGAAGAGUCCGACAAAACCUACUCCGUGUUGGAUCUAUUCUCGACGCCACGGUUACGGAACAUCACUAUCCUCCUGAUAAUCAUUUGGAUGGCAAUUUCGCUAGUUUUCGACGGUCACGUGCGAAACGUCGGAAGCUUGGGUCUCAACGUCUUUAUGACCUUCACGGUAGCUUCCGCUACCGAACUUCCGGCGGACACUUUCCUGACGGCGGUUUUGGACCGAUGGGGUCGCCGAUGGCUAGCUUUUGGCUCGAUGUUUCUCUCAGGGAUCUUCAGCCUCUGGGCCGCCGCUGUUCCAACAGGUCUUUAUUCGGCGAGUUUGGCCAUCAUGGGACGUUUCUGCGUCAACAUAUCGUACAACAUCGGGCUCCAGUACGCCGCGGAACUUCUUCCGACGGUGGUCAGAGCCCAGGGUGUAGCGCUUAUUCACAUAAUGGGUUACGUCGCCAGCAUCGUCGCGCCUUUCAUCGUCUACAUGGCCGUUAUAUCGCCGGUGUUGCCGCUGCUCGUUCUCGGCGUAGUCGCGAUUGUUGGGGGUGGUUUGGCUCUCUUCUUACCGGAAACACUCGAUAAGGAGUUGCCUCUGACUCUGCAGGACGGCGAAGAUUUUGGAAAGGAUCAGGGAAUGUGGGACAUGCCUUGUCUAGCGAAGAAACACGACGACGAAGAAUCUCCGCCGCCGUUGACGAGAUCGUUCGCCCGAGGUAGCGUUCGCGGUUCGAUGAGGGCGUCUCUGCGCGGCGAAACGCUCCGCAGCAGCAUGAUCAGGAGAUCGAGCGUACGGUCGCGACGGGGUCCUGCCGCAGCUAUAACGGAGGAAAUGAAAGGAAACCAAAUAAACGCGACUCAUUGUCAGUAUGUUCCACCCCUCGCGGAUGCGAUCGCAGCGUCGAAAGUCUAGUGAAACCAAUCGGAUUGAGACUCUCGAGAGUCCCGGUGGCUUGGGAAUUGUAAAUAUGUACCAUAUACCCCCAUAAAUACGUAAAGACAAUGAAUUCGUAUAGUUAGUAAUUUACGAUACUCGUUACUCGCAGUUGUAUUCGGCAUUUGGUCGUAGAUAUCUAUGGUCGUAGUUUCGAAAAGCUGGCUGCUACCUGUUAUUUUUUUAAUACAGUGAAUAUAAUAUUAUUAUCGACUAA